GGCCUGAUUGAUCUUAGAGCCCGGCUCGGCAUGUUCCUUCCCAGUUCACACACGACGCCAAGGUCGCAUCAAGAUACGCGCGCCAGAUUCCCGCCACCCCACCAUGGCAAACCGUAAAAGGUGUGUAAGUGAGGGCCAAAAUGCAAUUGCCACGCGCGUUCCUGGUGUUGAGAUCCGCAAACUGCACCGUCCCAACUUUUAGGGUGUGUUGUCUGAAAGCUCCCAUAGAAGCGAUUCCGUCGCCAAGUCCUGUCAGAGACGGGCGGUUCAAUCCGAAUCUGAUGCACCCCGUCUGGUCUCCUCAAAUGACAUCAGCCAUACACAGCUCCCGUCAAUUCUUCCAUGAGACACCAACCUCUUCACCCGGCCCCCAGGCCAUACGGAUGAGGCUUGUUGACUCCACAACGGAGAGACCUCCCAACCCUGCCCAGCUUGUGGCGUGGCCGUGGUGUGAGGCGCUGUGUAACUCUUUUUGGGUUGACAGCACGCAUUUCUUGGAGCAGAGUGUAGCUCGCCGCACAGGGCCGCUUUCGGUGAGAGGUCGUGCGUGUCACCAGAACUGGUCACCGCAGGCCGCCUUGCGUGAAGCGAGCUGGCUUGCCAGUUGCCUGGGCCCUGGGGCUUCUGGCGCAUCCGUGGUCCUCUCUUCCCCGGAACAGCUUUCGCGAUUCCGAGUUUUGUUCCAACUCCAAGUUUCAGUAGAAAGAGGCUAUUCUAUCGUGCCCACAAAAGGCCCUUCAUCAGCCAGCCCACAAUGUUACGCAUUGACCUUAGUAGGAGAGAAGAUGACUUUAUUUUUUCUAUCGUCAACUGCUGGACCGUCACUGGCUGUACUUGAGUAACGUUGAGUGGUAGUUAGACACGCAAAAAUCAUUGCAUCAGAAAGGGGGCCGAGUUAGAGAAUUCGAGACCGCUGGGA